AGCUUCCCGAAAAACCUUUUUCCUCGCCUGUAAUCCCAGUUCCUAAUGAAAAACCAGAACCAACCCAUCCGAUUCUGAACUGAAGUCACCAUUCUCCUUCCUCGUUGUUGAUCAAUAGCGGAAUGGCCGCCUCCAGGAGACUCACCAAAUCGGCUCUGGCAGCCAUUAGAGCAUCUUCCAGAGCUCCCAGACUCUACUAUCACUCUUCUUCUUACUCUCGCUCGCCCCUCUCCCGAAUUCGCCCCGUCUCCUCCGCUGCGUGUCUGCUCGGUAAUCCCAGCGCCGCCUUGUUCCUGACUCGGCUGUUUCCCGAGAAUGGCGUCAUGCUUCGCUCCUCCAUGCACUUGUCCGCUCGCGGUAUUCACUCUUCGCCUCCUCGCUUCUCCGCCGGAGCUAGUUCUUCGCAGGUUAAUCAGACUGAGUUCACCGAGAUGGCAUGGGAGGGAAUUAUCGCUGCUGUUGAUGCAGCGCGAAGUAGCCAGCAACAAGUGGUGGAAACUGAGCAUUUGAUGAAAGCCCUAUUGGAGCAAAGGGAUGGGUUAGCUAGGAGAAUAUUCACCAAGGCUGGGCUUGACAACUCAUCAGUUCUGCAAGCUACCAAUGACUUCAUAGCUCAUCAACCAAAGGUAAUGGGUGAUACAAGUGGCCCUGUAGUGGGCCAGAAUCUUGCUUCACUGCUCGAACUUGCUCGGAAAAACAAGAAAGAUAUGGGGGAUGACUUUGUAUCGGUGGAGCAUUUUGUUUUAUCGUUUCCUUCGGACAAACGUUUUGGGCAACAAUUGUUCCGGAAUCUUCAGCUCAGUGAGAAGGACUUGAAGGAUGCCAUUCAAGCUGUUCGAGGGAAUCAGAGAGUAACGGAUCAAAACCCUGAAGGGAAGUACGAGGCACUGGAAAAGUAUGGGAAUGAUCUGACUGAACUUGCUAGGCGCGGGAAGCUUGAUCCUGUUAUCGGUCGAGAUGAUGAAAUUCGAAGAUGCAUUCAGAUUUUAUCGAGGAGAACAAAGAACAAUCCUGUCAUUAUUGGUGAACCUGGUGUGGGAAAAACUGCAAUUGCUGAAGGUCUGGCCCAAAGGAUAGUGCGCGGCGAUGUGCCUGAACCACUAAUGAACAGGAAGCUAAUAUCAUUGGAUAUGGGUUCACUGGUAGCCGGUGCCAAGUUUAGAGGAGAUUUUGAAGAAAGGUUGAAAGCUGUUCUGAAGGAAGUUACUUCGUCAAAUGGACAGAUCAUUCUAUUCAUUGAUGAGAUCCAUACCGUGGUUGGUGCUGCUGAUCCAUUUCUUAAUGAUCUUGAAAUAGGCGCUACCUCUGGAGCCAUGGAUGCUGGAAACUUAUUGAAGCCGAUGCUCGGACGAGGCGAGCUCAGAUGUAUAGGAGCAACUACAUUGAAUGAGUACAGGAAGUACAUUGAGAAGGAUCCUGCACUGGAACGUAGAUUUCAGCAGGUAUUUUGUCCUCAGCCGUCCGUUGAAGAUGCAAUAUCAAUUCUACGUGGGUUGCGUGAGCGCUAUGAGCUGCACCACGGCGUGAAGAUUUCAGAUAGUGCACUUGUGUCAGCUGCAGUUCUAGCUGACAGAUAUAUUACCGAGCGUUUUCUGCCAGACAAAGCGAUCGACCUUGUUGACGAGGCAGCUGCAAAGCUGAAAAUGGAGAUAACUUCUAAGCCUACAGAGUUGGAUGAGGUGGACCGAGCUGUGCUGAAGCUGGAGAUGGAGAAGCUAUCUGUUAGAAACGACACUGAUAAGGCAUCCAAAGAAAGGCUAAACAAGCUCGAGAAUGAUCUCAAAACACUGAAACAAAAGCAGAAAGAACUUAAUGAACAAUGGGACAGUGAGAAAGCUCUCAUGAACAAAAUUCGGUCAGUCAAAGAAGAGAUUGAUAGGGUCAACCUGGAAAUGGAAGCUGCUGAACGUGACUACGACCUGAAUCGCGCCGCAGAGCUCAAGUACGGAACUUUGAUAUCCCUUCAACGUCAGCUUGAGGAAGCUGAGAAAAACCUGGCCGACUUCAGGAAGUCUGGAAGCUCUCUGCUUCGUGAAGAGGUUACCGAUAUUGAUAUUGCGGAGAUUGUAAGCAAAUGGACUGGAAUACCCUUAUCAAACCUCCAACAAUCCGAAAGAGAGAAGUUGGUCUUCCUAGAAGAGGUACUUCACAAGAGGGUGAUCGGUCAGGACAUGGCGGUGAAAUCAGUAGCUGAUGCAAUAAGACGAUCUAGGGCCGGUUUAUCGGAUCCAAAUCGGCCCAUCGCCAGCUUCAUGUUCAUGGGACCUACUGGGGUUGGCAAAACCGAGCUUGCGAAAGCCCUUGCCGGCUACCUCUUCAACACAGAGAAUGCACUCGUGAGAAUCGAUAUGUCUGAGUACAUGGAGAAGCAUGCUGUGUCACGAUUGGUCGGGGCGCCACCUGGUUAUGUCGGUUAUGAAGAGGGCGGCCAGCUUACCGAAGUUGUUCGUCGGAGGCCAUAUUCAGUGGUGCUCUUCGACGAAAUCGAGAAGGCUCACCAUGAUGUGUUCAACAUCUUGUUGCAGUUGUUGGAUGACGGAAGGAUAACCGAUUCUCAAGGAAGGACAGUUAGUUUCACCAACUGCGUCGUGAUCAUGACUUCGAACCUUGGUUCUCACUUAAUACUCGACACUCUUCGCAAUACAAGAGAUGGCAAGGAUGUGAUCUAUGAUAUCAUGAAGCAGCAAGUCGUGGAGCUCGCGAGGCAGACCUUCCGUCCGGAGUUUAUGAACAGGAUAGAUGAGUAUAUCGUCUUCCAACCUCUAGACUCUACAGAGAUCAGUAAAAUCGUCGAGAUACAGCUGAACCGGGUGAGAGAUAGGUUGAAGCAGAGGAAGAUCGAAGUUCAGUACACGAAGGAAGCUGUCGAUCUCUUGGCGACAUUGGGAUUCGAUCCCAACUUUGGGGCGAGACCAGUUAAGCGGGUGAUACAGCAGCUGGUCGAGAAUGAAAUUGCAAUGGGGGUAUUGAGAGGGGACUUCAAAGAGGAAGAUGCUGUCAUUGUCGACUCGGAUCCUUCUUCCGAUCUCCCGCCGCAGAAGAAGCUGAUUGUAAGGAAAGUGGAGAGCAGCCCGCAAAUGGAAGUCCUGGUAGCCAAUGACUAGUUUAGUUAUGUUCUCCCUGCUAGUGAAUCUUGUAUAUUAUCAUAAUCGCCAUAAGUGUAAAAGACCCACUUCAUCUUCUGGUUGUGGAAACAAUUGUACGAUAACGUUGUCGGAAAAAUAAACUAGACAUAUUGAUCGAACUCGAUGAAGGAGAAUCGUCACAGAAGCCAAACAAGUGAAAUCAUAAACUCUCUUGC